ACUACACGAUUUCGAAUUGUUACGGCUGAUUUUGGUAAAUCAGAGUAACCUUUGGAUAUUAAUAACUGUCUUAAAUCAUUAGAAGUUAUAAAAACAAUAAAUGGGAAACCAUCCAAAGCUGUCAUUCGAGCCAAAACAUGAUCUAGUGUAUCACUCUUAAUAAAAUAUUCAACUAACUUUCGUUUAGCUGGUGGUGGUGUCGAAUUUUCUUCUAACGGUUCUCAAUGUCCAUGCCCAGUUGAUGAACAAUUGCUUUCAGAUAAUACUUUAAAAUUAUGUUUGGAUAACAAAUGCGUGUGUAAACCUUUUGUUGAUCCUCCCAAUGUCUUCAAUACUGCUAAACAUCGUUUACAACGCGCACUUUUUCCAUCGCUUGCAAUUAGGAAAUGACACCAUGCAGACGAUGUAUCUAAAUCUUUUUUGUGUUUAACAAAAACACUUUCACGUGACAUUUUAUAAUAAAAGUAUAAACACUGUGGUAUCAAAGUUAAAUAUCAAAAAAAAAUAUCCGUGAGCCGUGAACGUGACUGAUGAGUGUUGACUGUAGCGCUACGGCCUACGUAUUGAAUGUAUUCAGAGAACAGCGUAUUGCGUAUAUUAAUUGUUCGUACGUAUACCGAUCGGUCGUAAAAUAUAUAAUCUCAUAACAGUCAUAACAUAAUAUAAUCUUAUCUUAAAAACACGUUAAUCGGCAUUCAUAAUCGGGGUAUUGAAUUAUUGAGUGAUGUUACCAUAGAGUAAUAUAGAGGCGGCGUAUCGGCGUUCUGUGGUAAAUAACAUUGAUGCGGAAAGAGGCGCGGUUUUGCAGUGUGGCCCUUUCAAAAAUUAAAAAUAUUGUACCAUACAUUUAUUUUAUGUAGUGUUGUCAUGAAUGGCCUGUUGAUACGGUUAAUACCAUUUUAUUUUGUCAUGUAUUUUCUUUUAACUGAAGUCGGACUUUCCGUUUGAAUUUGUGCAUAAUUUACAAAGUUAAUAUUUUAUGACUUAUGUUUAUUAUAAAAAAACUUUAUAGUUUAUAUAUUUAUCCGUCUUUUUUCAAUUUACAAUAUCGUUAAAAAAUGCCUAGCUGUUUUAUUUGUGGCAGAAGUAAAAAUGUUAAAUCAAAAUCUGAAAACAUCACUUUUCACAGAUUUCCUGCUAAAGAAUGCAUUUUGCAGAAGUGGCAUGGUUUUAUCCUAAGUCAUAAUUUAGCAGUGGACAAAAUUCAUAAGAGGAGUAUUAUUUGUUCUCUUCAUUUUGUACCUGAGUCAUUUAUUGUAAAGAAUAAUUUGAGAAUACUACAAAAACACGCUAUACCAACAAUACAAAUAUCUAGAGUAAAAUGGGCAAAGAUUAAGUAUCCUGAAUUAAAAGAAAAUCUAUCCCUAGCCGAACAUAGCAAUAGUAGCUCUAAACUUCCUAUGAAAAAGAUUUUAGUUCAAGCAUCUUAUAGUUAUGAUCCUUCUCAAAGUGUUGCACCAACAAUUGAUCUUGAUUUAACAGCAAGUACUUUAGAAACCUUAAGUCUGUGUACGCCUACAGUAAGAGUGCCUAAUAUUAGUGAACUACCUGAAGGAUUUUCUCCAUUAGCUAAUUUGGAUCAAACUAUGGCUAGUACAUCAUCAGGAUCAGAAACCUUAAGUCUGUGUACGCCUACAGUAAGAAAAAAAUUCAAAUCUUCUUUUGUGGCUGCUACUAAUGCGUCUCCUAAUGACACACCAAGGCGUUCAUAUCUAAAACGUGGAAUUUGUAUUUUGUCAGAUAUAAUGCAGAUAAAAAACAAGAAAAUAAAAGAAUUACAACAAAUUGUCCGGCGCAAAAAUAAAAAAAUUGAUUCUUUGUCUGAAAUUAUAUGCGAACUUAAAAAAAAUAAUCUUUUAACUGAAGACGACACUAAUAUUCUUUUAGAAUCAUUCGGUAAACAUUCUGAUUUAAUUACUAAAUGGUCAAAUAAAAAUUUGGGGAAAAAGGUGCCGAAAAAAUGUAGUCCAUCUAUUAGGAAAUUUGCACUAUCUUUACAUUUUUUUUCUCCUAAAGCUUAUCAAUACGUGAGAAAUCAGUUUAAUACGGUUUUACCACAUCCUCGUACUUUAGGAAAGUGGUAUUCAAGCAUAGAUGCAGAACCUGGCUUUACUAAUGAAGCAUUGAAAUCGCUAACAUUAAAAGUAACAAACUCUAACCAUCCAAUUUAUUGUAGUCUCAUGCUUGACGAAAUGGCCAUACGACAACAUCUAGAGUUUAGUGGUUCAAAGUACUACGGUCGAGUUGAUAUUGGCAAUGGCUUAGAUAAUGAAAACUUAGUAUUAGCUAAAGAUUGCUUGGUUUUUAUGGUUGUUUCCAUAAAUGAAGGGUGGAAACUUCCAAUUGGUUAUUUUUUAGCUUCUAAUUUAAAUAGCACACAAAAGGCUGAACUGACAAAACAAGCUUUAUAUGCUUUGAAAGCUACUGGUGUACAUAUAGUUAGUCUAACUUUUGAUGGUUGUACAACAAAUGUUACCAUGGCACGGCUAUUAGGUUGUAAUGUUGAUGCUUCAAAUUUACAAACAGCUUUUACAGUAGAAUACGCAGAUAAAGAAAAGGAUGAUAUACCUAUUUUCAUGGAUCCUGCACAUAUGAUCAAGCUAAUAAGAAAUGCUUUUGGCGAAAAACAAAUAUUGCAACAUGAAAACAGAUUCAUCAAAUUUGAUUUUAUCGAACGUUUAUUUUUAUUACAGGAAAAAGAAGGAUGUCAUCUCGCAAAUAAAUUGAGAAAACAGCAUAUUUGUUUUCUUAAGCAAAAGAUGAAAGUAAAAUUGGCCACUCAAUUAUUGAGUAAAUCAGUGGCAGAUGCGCUAAAAUUUUGCCGCGAUAGUCUAAAUGGGCUAUUAUGUCCUCCGUUCGGGCUAAGGGAUAAAUUCGAGGUAUCUACUAUACAGACAGUGACACCGAUGUACGGAUGCGCUUACAUGGAAAGGAACAAAUUACUAAGCGCAUCACCAUUAUUCCAUUUGUGGUUAGAACGUCCAGUGCCAACUAUAGAACACAGCCAUUGCAUUGAUAUUCGGAAUAUGGAUCACCUAAUAUUUGAGUGCCUGUCGAAGGAAAAUCCUAUCAACAGAAUAUUAGCUGACCAAGGAUUUAAGUUCAUUUCACUGCUGGAACAUGUAGUUGAUGAAAAAUCCCUAGAUAAAAGGGUAUUCUACAGGUGUGCCAUGUACGAUGUGCAGGACAACAAGCAAGACAGAACAAGGAUAAUACGCAUUGCAAUUUCCAAAGAAAGAGAAGAAAAACUGGAUGUAAGUCAAUGUGAAGGACUUGCAAAUCUUUUGGGAGAAAAAGAACUUCCAUAUGUCUCCGAGGGCCAAAGGACUUGGCCUGAUGGCUCAUUAUAUUUAUAUAUGAUUGGAAGAAAUCCUGAUACCUGGCCAUAUAAACCAAAUGAGAUUUUCCUUUCAUAACAGAAAAAACAUCAUCAAUAAAACCAGGACGCAAAGUCAUUACUUGUGUUCUUCGACAGAGGGUUGGUAUUGAUGGCAAUG